CAAUUACGGGCUGACUGGUUUACGCUUCGGCAGCCAGCGCUUAAAACUAUCCCUUUUGUACUGGCUUCCCCCGAUCAUGGACGUAUGGUGAUCACUGGAACCAAUGCAUUGGCAAGAGCAGAAGAUAUACAUACCGGUAUGGUUGUUGCCGAUGCCAGGGCCAUUUUUCCAUCUUUACAGGUGAUCGAUGAUAAACCGGGCUUGUCUGAAACUUUAUUGACGCGUAUUGCAGAAUGGUUUAUUCAGUACACUCCCAGUGUAACUGUCGAUCUGCCGGAAGGUAUUAUCGCAGAUGCCAGCGGUUGUGCGCAUUUAUGGGGUGGUGAAGAAAACUAUCUUCAGGCUAUCGAGAAUAGAUUAUACCACCUGGGUUAUCAUACGAGAGCUGCCAUGGCAGAUACCAUUGGCGCCGCAUGGGCCAUGUCAAGAUAUGGAUCAACAAUCGUCUUGUCAUCCUCCUGCCUCAUCAAUGGCCGUGAUGAUCUUACCACCACACCACCCAGCGUCUUUCCUGCUUCGGGAAGCACAAUCGUA